GCUUUAUCUUUAAGGGGGCAAAAGCCAGCCCGAGAUAAUUUUGGCUCCAAGCUUGUAAUGUUCCAACUUUCUUCCAUUGUGAAGUUACUAUCCAUCGACCUUGUACUAUCUUAACAACUGGGUAUGGGUUGGUUUUUCCUGACAACUCGUCGUCCACAUUUUUAUCAGCCUCUCACACGUGUGUUUUCUUCCUAAUAAAGGUUAAGAGGCUAUCAGAACUUCUGGUCAGUGUAACUGGUUAUUCCAAACUGAGCUGGUUCAAGUGAUGGGCUCAGUCCUAGCUUUCUUUGCAACACGAAAUACUGGAAAACCGCUCUUGCCCAGGCUUUUAUAGAACUCUCGAUGUUUGAGGCCUGUUUGACGCAGACCUAAACGGUUUUGAGUCUUUGGCUUAUUUAAAACGUCACAUUUCAGGAGUGCCACGAUCGAUUUCUGAAAAUCUCUCAUUCUCCUUUACCAUUAACGUAGGGAGAAUGGUGCUAUACAUCAUUGAGCACAUGGGAAAACUGUAUUGUUCGUAUAUCUGCUACAAAUAAAAUAAAAAUAAAAAGCCAGACGCCUUUAAUCCCAGGAGGCAGAGGAUCUCUGAGCUCCAGGAGAGCCAGGUCUACAGAGUGAGUUCCAGGACAAUCAAGGCUACACAAAGCCCUGUCUCAACAGAGAAAACGUGUAGGAGGGAGGCGGAGGGCAGAGUGGGGCGAGGAGAGCGACGGGUUUACUUUCGGUACUGUCCCAGUGACUCCGGGUGGACCGGGGGCUCCCAGUCCCCACCGCAGGUCAGCAGCGCACGGGACGUCCGGAGUGAGCAUCUGCUCUCCGCGUGGCUGGCAGCACCGAUCUCCUUCACCGUCGCCGCCGUUCUAGGACGUCCGCUGUCUUUUAAAAACUGCCGCGCUGCCCCCUACAGGCGCGGGCCAGCAUUGGCACCGCCCCUUCCCUGUCAGGGCCGGGGAGGGGACACUGAACACCGAAUUCCAAGGGAGGGGCUGCCUAGUCCUCGCGAGGCUUCGUUCUCGCGGAGGUGGCGGCGGCCGGCCGGCCGGUGGGGAUGCGCUCGGAAGAGGGGGCCGGAGGCUUAGGCGCAGCCCUGGCUGCGCGGGGCCCGAGCUGGAGGGAGAAACUAUCGAGCUCAGAGACCCACUGCCGCCGCGAGUCACCGCGGAAGGAGUCGGCGGCGCCUCCGGCCCCGACCCUAAGUGAGAGCGGGGCCGGCAAGCCUCGCGAGGAGAAGAGGACAGCCCUGAGCAAGGUGGUCCUCCGGCGUCUGCCCCCGGGCCUCACCAAAGAGCAGCUGGAAGAGCAACUGCGCCCCCUGCCGGCGCACGAUUACUUCGAGGUGGUGGCUGCGGACCUCAGCCUUUAUCCUCAUGUCUACUCCAGAGCAUACAUUAAUUUUAGGAACCCUGAUGACAUCCUGCUGUUCAGAGACCGUUUUGACGGCUAUAUCUUCAUUGGCAAUAAAGGCCUGGAGUAUCCUGCUGUGGUGGAGUUUGCUCCAUUCCAGAAGAUUGCCAAAAAGAAGCUGAAGAAAAAAGAUGCCAAGACCGGAAGCAUUGAAGAUGACCCAGAAUAUAAACAGUUCCUGGAGUCGUACAGCCUGGAGGAGGAGAAGACCAGCGCUAGUCCCGAGACGCUGCUGGGAGAGAUAGAAGCCAAGACGAGAGAGCUCCUGGCUAGAAGGACCACCCCUCUUUUGGAAUAUAUUAAAAACAGAAAAUUAGAAAAGCAGAGACUCCGGGAAGAAAAGCGCGAGGAGCGGAGGAGGAGGGAGCUAGAAAAGAAGCGUCUGCGGGAAGAAGAGAAGAGGAAGAGGAGAGAGGAGGACCGCUGUAAGAGGAAGGAGGCGGAGAGGCACAAGAGAGCGGAGAAGGACGUGAGGAUCAAGCUUCUUAAAAAACUGGAAACGGGAGAGGAAGUGGCCACAGAGAAACCCAAAGAAAGAGGUGAAGCUGUUGGUGCUGGAGACGAGAAGCAGGAAGACCGGCUGGUAGCGAGCCAGCCAGAGACAGCUGGGGAGAGUGACACACCUGCUCCAACAAGGCCACACCUGUUCCAACAAGACCACACCUCGUCCAUCAAGGCCACACCUCCUAGUAGUGCUGCUCCCACCACACCUCCUUUGGAGAACUGAGAGGCUACAGGAUACCAGUGAUAAAGAGCCAAGGGACAAGAGAUCUCGAGAGAAAGACCCUGAAACUUCUAGAUGUCAUCCGGACACCUGCAGGAAGCACAGCAGUCACUCAGAGUUUGCCAGGUUCUCCAGAAGGAAUGAAGACGAGGCAAAGUGGGGGAAAGGCUUCGCCCAGGACAGAGGGAAGAAGGGCCAGGAUGGCAGUGUCCCCAUGGACGUGGCAGAGAGAAGCGGCAAGGAGCACAAGGAGUAUGACAGCCUGGGGCCAAGAAAGGAUCGCCUGGGACACAAGGCCCAGUAGACCAUGGGCCAUCGUCCCUGUUGAUGUGCUCUGCAGCCACACAGCCAUGUUCCCCGGGUAGAAAUCCUUGCAAAGCUAGAUAAGAACAAUCUGCCUUGUGUUCGUAGGUCUAGAGUUGUACUCUGUCUAUGUCUUCCCAUGUGGGCUGAAUUUCAAAGUCCAUACCUUCUAGAGUGUUCUUGCUCAUCUGGGAUGCACUAAACUUGGAACUAAAUUCAGAAUAAAACAUUCCAUCAUCUUUUUAAAGAA